GCGUCAACGAGGUGUGAAACGGCAGCACGUCAAUUGUAAACACCGUGAGAGAAGCUGAGGCCCCCUGUAGAGAUCUCCUUGAUGAACAGCAGCGACAGCAGCAACGACAUGUACAGCCAGGCGCUCCCGACAGGUGACGACGCCAGCAGCACUCGACCAAUCCACGUGUACCUUUUUGCCUUUGCUGUUCGUGUCUGCAGGCGGGCAGAGCGGGGCGUCGGAUGGCAGCAGCUUGUGUGGCGCCAUAGAUCAGAUCCACUCGGUGAGAGGAGAGUUCUUAAGGAGGAACAAGUGCUGCUGCACCGCUUGUUGGCUCUGCUGUGCAGGUCACCUCUCAGAUGGCGGCGAGUACUGAGGCGGCGAAGCGCAAGAUGCCAAACUCACUAAGAAAUACAGAGGUUUACAGAUAAACCACGGAGAUGCCACAUACACGUGCAUUUUGUGCUCGCAGGGCUGUGCAUCGUCGACUGGCCGGUUGGGUGAUCUGCUCCAGACUCUCAACGACGCCCAGUCCACCCUCGGCAACGAGCUAGCGCAGCUGCCAACUGUAAGGCUGGAUGGACUUGACAAGUGAAUGCCUCAUGCCAAGUUGAUAUGUGCGUGUAUGGAUGUCAGCGCAAGGAGGGCGACGGCAAGAAGUUUCGGUGGCUGUACAAUGUGAAGGACCCCUCAGGGGUGUCUGGGAGCUCGGAUGGGACCGACAAGGCAACACACGACAGCAAGGCGGUAUGCACGAACCUACUCGCACACAGUGUUCAGAUGUCAACACACGCAUCAAUGUUCAGGUGUCAACUGGUGAUGGAAAGCGCUCACGAGUGGCCACCAGCCCGGACGCUGCUGGUGGGGUUAGUACUGCAGCGCCAAACGUAGCGCCAAAGGUCAGACACGCACACUCACACACAGCCACAGACACAGACACACAUACAUACACACAACCACCUGCAUUGCGUGCUUGCCGUAUCGUUACGGUCCAUUUUGUGUGUGUCAGUAUUACGGCCGUCUGUGUCUUCCUGGUCUGCCCGAGGGCGUUAUGGGCGACAUGGGCCCGUUCCUCACCACCAGGAACGCUGCUCGUCUCUCGUGCGUCAACAAGGAAACCCACCAGAAGGCCACCGACGACACUCUCGGCGUCUACCGCAACUUCACGGUCACGGCGGACGAAAGCAGCGACUACAAAAAGAUACAGAAGCUGGAAGAGGUCAAGCACCUGGUGAGAGAGCUGGCGUGGGGUGUAUCUGACGUGCGGCGGUAUGGACGCUAAUGUGUGUUCGCAGAGCAAGAUCCGCACGGCCUGCGUCGAGACGGAUGGAGUUCUGCCGUCAGUGAGCGAGUGCCUUGAGGCGUCCAGAGCGACACUGACGCGGCUGCACGUGUCGUCGAUGUGUGACGCCUACAAUUACGACGUGCGCGCGCCGGCGGUUUCCAUCGAGUUUUGCAACCUCCGAGAGCUCAACAUCGAUGGAAACAACUGGCUCGAAUACAUCAGGUAUGUGGAUGUGCACCCAGGGAGAAAGGGAUACAUCAUGUCUGCAACAGGCUAUCAGUCUCUUUUGUUGCUGUGCCUGUCUGCAGCGACCGUCGCUGGGCGUUUCCUUCCCUUAGCGACGGGCGUUUCCUUCCCUUACGAGCCUUCAAGUGAGCACCCGCCUUGAAGAUGCGGGCGGCAUCGUGCCCCUCCUCAAAGCAUCGCCGAAGAUUGAGCGACUGCAGUUGGAGGGCUACUUCCUCGGCGCCGAUCUCGUCGGUGUCCUCGACGGCUGCCCCUGCAUCACCACUAUCACCGGCCUGACAAUCUCCCUCAACCACGAAAAUGAAGACAAUGAAUCCCCAGGUGAAAUUCUUUUUGACCUGGUCUUUGGUGAGGACACACCUCGUCCGCAGCGCGGCAGCCUCAGUGACCUCAAGAAAGCGCUCAACCAACAGUGGAGCAAACCAGCGCGCAAAGGUGACCGACACGAGCACCUCAUUCAAUCAUCGGGGCGGAUGGCUUCCAUUUCUCGAUCUGCGUCGCUUUGUCAGAUGCGCCCAAGAAGCUGGGACUCGUCUUGCUCGACCCGCGAAUCGGCGCGGGUGGCGUGCAGGACGCGGCCGCCAUAGCCAGCUUCAGCGAGUGGGCGGCAGACGUCAACUGUGAGCUCGAGUGGCGGGCACAUGGCGGGUCGCUGACGGUGAACUGCAGCAGUAGCAAUGCCACUGCCCACCCUGCGCCCGACGGCCACCUCUACGGCGAGAUCGCAAGGCAGCUGGCGGCAAAGGCGACAGAUGUAAGGACAGGGCGGACAAAAGGGGAGAGCAGCACCAAACAUGGAACCAUGUGAAUCCCUACCUGUGUGCCAGGUCACGUUGGUACUCGGUGGCACCGCGCCGCUCCUCCAGUCGUGGUGGGACAAGCUCAUCUUCCCCUGCGCCAAGAAGCUCAUCCUUUGUCCCACACAGCAAGGUGCGUCAGGACCUUUUGUGGACAGCAUCCCCGAGUGGCUGACGGAGAGGGACGGCGAGGGAGAGACCGCAGCCAGCAGAUGCUUCCCGGCUGUCGACAGCUUGGAGGUGUCAUUCGACACGCUCUCGCCGGCUGAACCUGCCCGUAGCCCCCAACAAGCUCAGCAUGCUGCUGGCUGGGCUCUCGACUCUCAAGACAGUCAGUUUCUCUCCUCUGCCUAGCGUAGCUGCUCGCCUUGAGCUCCUGUCGUACCUGUCUGUGAGGCAGCUGGAUAGGGUGCAAGGCACGAGGGAUUUCGAGCUUCGUUCGAGAGACUGGCCUUUGCAGGCAGAUCCGGACAUGUGUCAUAUGGCGGCCCUCUGUCCGCGGAUCCAGCACAUGGCUGAGGAGAACUUGAACACGAAGGAGGGUGUGCAGGCGUUUUUGAGCCUUGUGUCGGCAGCCAGGCCAGUGAGUGUCAGUGUCAGCGCACGCCUGCAUGACGACUCUUGGAAUCUGCUAAACGAUUACGUUCGCAUGAUGUGGGCUGCAAGUUGCCGGUCUUUCGUGUGGGAGUGCUACGAGGAAGUCAAAGAACUCUACACCAUGACGGGGGGAUCGUGUGAGCCCGACUUCCAACAAGUAGAGUACGAUCUCAGCAUGGAGCUGAGGGCCAAGUGAUUACAUGCAUAGCUCCGUGGGCGAGUGGGGGACAGGUCAGCCGUGGGGGACAUGCUGCUCUGGUCACAUGGAUGCAUCGAUAGAUCUAUGGUGUGCCUCAAGUGACACGUCUGCCGAGUGUUUAUCAAGCAGGUUUGUAUACUGUUCUGCCUUGUGUCUGGCUCGCCCUGUGCUGUCCCGUGUUGGUCUUCACGACGUGUCUGCUGCUCCACCGAGAGAGAAACGAGACUGGGGCUUCUUCUUUCUGUGUGCAUGUAUGUGUUUUUGUGUAUGCGGCUUGUACAGAGACAUCAAUGUGUGCAGGGCCCGUGUGAAAGUGCGUGGAUGGGAUGGGAUGGGUGCUGUGCUGUGUGUGUACAUAUGAUGGUAAGUCAUCCAUUGCUGACUGAUUCAAUUCAACAGGUGAGCGUCU